AUGGAAGCUCUCGAUAUUGUUGCCGCCCCAGCCACUAAUUUCGUUAAGUCCUGCGUUAAGGUUCUCAAGCGCUGCACACUUCCAUCUACAAAGGUCCUUAAGGAUUCUGCUUCAGCUUCAGCUGUUGGCUUUCUUAUUCUCGGAUCUGUUGGCUUCAUCUUCAAAGUUAUCGCUUACCCUAUCAACAACGUUAUCAUCGGUGGCAUUGGCCAAUAA